GUAUGUGGUAUUAGAUAUUACAUUUUAUAAUAAUUUCCAUAUAUUAUAUUCUAAAUGUCAGAUCACGUAAAUUUAUACUGUUAAAAUAUUAUAUCUUAAAAUUAGGAUUAAUAGAAAUGUAUAACGGUACGGGAGCUCCAAUUAAAUCAAUUGAGGGCUGGGUUUUAAUGGUAACUGGAAUCCAUGAGGAAGCUCAGGACGAGGAUGUGAGAGAGGCGUUUGAAAACUACGGAACCGUUACUAAUCUACAUUUGAACCUGGAUAGAAGAACGGGAUACGUCAAAGGCUACGCCUUGUUAGAAUUUAAGAAUAAAGAAGAAGCUGAAAAUGCCAUGGCCAAAUUAAAUGGAUCAGAGCUCCUAGGGAAAAAAAUUUCAGUAACUUGGGUAUUUAGAGAAACUCCUCAAGAAUAAAUAAAUUUGGGAUUACGCAAUUAAGAUUCCUAACAUUUAGAGAGGAAACUUACUGUACCAGUUCUCAAAUAAAUAAAAAAUUCAAAUGAAUUAUACUAUAUAAGUUUAAUAUAAUAUAAUUUA